AUGCGUAUCCAAUGGGCCCGUAACAUUCUUUACUACCAACGGCAAUCUAAGAUCUCGAGUUUCGUAAUCUCGCCAAGCUAUAAUACCCAUUCUUCAUCUGUUUCCGGUCAAACCUCAACAAAUCGAGAGAGCCAUCUCCUCCUUGGGGACAUUACGUCAAUCAAAGAAUAUGCAUCCCCUCCCUCUGCCACUUAUCCUACUACUGCAUCUGAUUGCCACGGUACACCGAAAUUGGAGGCCCUAUCGGCUGAGCAGCGAGUAGAUAACCUGAAAGAAGAGACUUUUGAGGCUCUUAAGGUAUAG